AUGAAGGUCAUUGCCCUUCCUGUUGUCCUUAUCUCCUGCCACCCCACCCUCGGCAGCUUCUGGCAGUUCCAGAGGAUGGUCAGCCACAUCACGGGAAGGAGCACCUUCCUCUCCUGCUAUGGAUAGGACUGCUACUGUGGGCUCGGAGGCAAAGGGAUCCCUGUGGACGACCCAGACAGAUGCURUGUGACGCAUGACUGCUGCUACGAGAGGCUGAAGGAGUCUGGCUGCCAGCCCAUGUUGAACAGCUACCAGUCCCUCAUCAUCAAGACGGUGGUCUGUGGAUGUUCCCUGGAYCCUGGUGACGGUUGCCUCUGUGGGCUGAAGGCCUGCGAGUGUGACACAACCUGCUACUGCUUCAGAAAGAGCCCGCCCACCUACGAGAAAAACUGCAAGCCCUUCUCCAGGUGGCCCCAGCGCAGCAGGCACCGGCUCCAGGGCUAG